AUGGGUGCCGGAGGCUCGGAACAGGUUCGGUGGAGCGAGGAUACGAGGGACAGGCCAGGAAGAGGUGGACGCAGAGAAAGGGAUAGCAAGAAUGGUGAUGAUGCAUUCGAGUUUGACAGCAUGAGUGACAAUGGCAACAGCGGCGGCAGCAGCCGAAGCAGCGGUGGUGGCAACAGCAGCAGCAGCAGCAGCAGCAGCAGCAGCUGGUCUGACGAUAAAAGGAUUAAGCAAGGCAAAAGCCAUAGAGGUGAAUCAGCUGAGUCCUCUCCACACAACUACAACGAACCUUACCAUAACGAGUACAGCUAUAACGAGUACAAGUACAUCCCAGGGUGGGAGUGGGAGGAGGGCGAGCAGGAGGAGGAGGCAGCAGAGGCGGAGUUUGAGGCAGUGGCUCGCCUGUGGGAGGAGAUGGAAGCUUCUGGGAAGGUGCACCCGCUGAGUGCCCCUGUGGGAGGCUUGCGAUGGAAGCAGGAGGCUCAAGAGCGUUUCCCAGAUUUAGCCCGCACUGCUGGGGUGUUCCCUUACAUGGGGGAUGUGAUUGAGAGGGAGGAGCUAGACACACCCUAUGACUACGCCCCUCCUCCGGAGAUCAGCAAUGAAGAGGAGGAGCUAGACACACCCUAUGACUUCGUCCCCCCUCCAGAGAUUGACAGGGAAGGUGGGUGGCUGCAAUGGUCUGUCUGUGUGUUUGCCGAUUCAUAUUCAUGCGUAUUCCCUUACAUGGGGGAUGUGAUCGAGAGGGAUGUGAUUGAGAGGGAUGUGAUCGAGAGGGAUGUGAUUGAGAGGGAUGUGAUCGAGAAGGAUGUGAUUGAGAGGGAGGAGCUAGACACACCCUAUGACUACCCCCCUCCGCCAGACAUUGACAGUCAAGUUGGCCUCUGCAAUGAUCCACAAGCUUCAGGACCUGCAGACAGCUCUCCAGCUCUAUUGCCCACCUCUGCAAUGAUCGACAAGCUUCAGGACCUGCAGACAACUCUCCAGCUCUAUUGCCCAAAGGAGGAGGCUAUGAAGCAUCGUCGUCAACAGUCACAGGCAGAACAGGAGGAGCCUAUGAAUAUCUUUGCGCUUGGUUUGGUGGAGGAGGGGGUUCGAGUGCAGAACCCUGUGGUGUGCGUGCAAGGCAGGCAGAGGUGGCAGCAGUGGCUGCAGCUGGUGGGGUCAGCAGGGGGGCACCUGCAUCUGCACCACCUCUAUUCUGAGACACUCGUGAAGACACCAGACCGUCGCUGGAUCACUGCCCUUUGGACCAUUCUUUUAGCUAAGAGCGGGCGGGAAGCAGUGGCAGGCAUGGGGCUGUCAGACUGGUGGGAGAGGAACCUUCCUGAGCACGAGGCGGAGAUCAGGAGGAACCUUCCUGCAGAGGAGGGGCAGUAUGAGACGAGGGGAGUGCAAGGGAAUGGGAUUCUUGGUUUUGAGAAGAGAAGAGAUAAAUUGAGGCAAGCGGAUGAGGAAGAGGACGAGGAGGAGGAUGAGCAAAGUCGGAUGAAUGGAGGGAGCAAUAGCAAUGGUGGGAGCGAUGCUGGUGGGAGGAAAGGGAGAGGUAGGCGGAGUAGUAAAGAGGGGAAGGAAGGGGAGGGAGGCAAGGAGGGAGAGGAUAUGGAGGACGAUGCGAUUUUUCUGGUCGGCAAGACCAGAUUCGGAAUGAACACACGGGGAAAGAUCUCAGCCGUUGAUUCCACAUGGUUCAUUGCUGACGAUCCGACGGCUGUUAGGGAGACGGCGAGAGGAGAGCUAUUUCUCCGCGCCCUGCUGCUAAAAGAAGAACAAGAAAUUCAGAGACAAUAUAAAGAAAUAAUUAUCGGAGCAUGCAGUAACGCGUGCUGGCUGCUGGCUGCCGAGAUCCUUAUUAUCCUGGGCAGGACCAUACUAGCAUUCGCCAGUAGCAUUUUCCUUUUAUCCAUCCGUUUUACUGGGUUCUACGCCAUGCGCCAUGCUGCCUUGCGCGUCGCUUCCGCGUCGGCCUCUAAAGUAUCGCGUCGCAAGUCCGAUCUGACGCGCAAGUCCCAGAAUGCCCUAUCGUCUGUAAUUCCCGCGCCAACCCCGCAAAUCCUCUCGAGUCGCGCAAUCGGCGACGCGCGUCUUGACUCGUUCCAGGAGGCCGCGCCGCCUUUCGCGCCGAUCGCUCCGCGUUUCGCGGCGUCUGAUGCGGUCGUUCCUCUCGCAACGAGCGAAAGGAGGAGCGUAAUCCCAGCCGUUCCUUUCGCUGCCCGGAGCUACGUGUCAGGCACGGGCCUUACCGCAGGUCCGGCAGCGCAGCCAGGCUCGGCAGCGAGCGCAACCGCAGGCUCGCCAAUAGCUUCGGCAGCGAGCGCCGACCGAGCCUCGGGUCCAGGCUCGGGUCAGGCUGGGAGCGAGCGCAGGGGCUGGAAUCUGCUGUUCGGCGGGGGAGCGGCAGAGAGAGGAGGACAGGGCGCGGGGGGAAGCGGAGGGGGAGCAGCGGCGGAGGCGGAAGGGAAGGGGGACGGCGGCGGCGGGUGGCUGUCGCGGUUCCAGACGUUUCUGCGGCUGGGGAAGGGCGGCGGGGGGAAGGCGCUGGAGAAGAAGCGGCUGACGCACGCGGAGGGUCUUACAGAAUUCGCCAACCAGCUAAAGCGGGCCCGGCAGUUCGGGCAGCUGACAACUUUUGGAAAGAGUCUGCCCAAGGGCGGGCAGAGCGUGGUGACAAACUCCCUGAGGAAGCAGGAAGUCAUCACUCUCGCGCUUGCUGCGUAUGCUGCUGAAGCCAAACUGGCUGAUGAACGGUUGUCCAUCCCAUUCGCUGUGCGGCAGCGCGUAGCAAGCGAGACCGGGAGCACCAUGGGCGAGAUUGACAUGCUCUUAGCUAAGUACGAGUGGUUUGCAGAGGCGGCUAAUAGAAUGCAAGAGCUGCAAGACCAAGGGAAGCCUCUUCCUCGAUCCUUUGCAGAGAUCGAACAAAUGAUGGGUGGCCCUUGGUCACCAUCCAAAAAGGGAGCAGGCUCGGGAGCCAGCGCUGGUUCGGCUGGCGGUGCAGGCUCGGCAGGAGCUCCGUCUCGCAACAGCCCGUGCCCCUGUGGCUCUGGGAAGAGAUACAAGAGGUGUUGUGGAGCUGGGACAAAAUGA